AUGGACGAGAUUUUUCUGAAUAUGAAACAUUGGGGUUUGAAGCCCAAUUCGAUCACAUACAGUUCUCUUGUGAGUGCAUAUGGUAAAGUCGGGCUGUUUGGGAAAGUUGACUCGAUUGUGAGGCAAGUGGAGAAUUCGGAUGUCGUGCUCGAUACGCCUUUUUUCAACUGUGCUAUUAAUGCAUUCGGGAAAUUUGGUGAUGUAGAGAGGAUGAUGGAGUUAUUAGAGGCAAUGGAGGGGUGUGGGUGCAAACCGGAUGAUAUCACAUUUGCUACAAUAAAUCAAGCGUGCCGUUCUCUUUCUUCUGAUUGA